CAAUUAUUAUGUAAGACUGCUUUAAGGUUGUUGUGGUUUGCGUUCACUCGUUCAGCUCUGUACUGUCUAGUCUCUACACAGUACUAGUGGUAGUAGACUAUCACCAGUCCAGUCCAGUCACCCACCCAGCGACUGGUUCGGCCCCGAGAAUAUAACGUGAAGUGGCCGAGAACGGGCUUGAUUUCUCAAACCCUGGCCGGACAUGGCCCCCAUAUUGGUUGUCUCGAGUCUCAAUGUGGAUGCAUGAUCAUGACUCGUCCCCCCUCCCCGUAUACCGGCGUGGCCGAACUCACCUGACGCCCCAAAUUCAGCCUGAACCGUGGGCCCUGGUCUAUAUUCAGGUCGCUACUAUAGCCUCAAAGUGUUCGUCGACGAACCUAUCAAUCGUGAUAAGUGCGAACAGAUCAGAAACCAACGACAACUGUGAUGGAGCAGAUCAUGCUCCACUGGGGUCUCCUGCCUGAUUGGGUGCCACCAAGGGGGUGGAUCAGAGUUGGAGGGUUGAGAGGGGAAGGGGGAAAAUAGCAUUCUUGCCAUUCUCAGUGCCAGCUUCAUGCCUCUCUCGCCCCAGAGCUUUAUUUUUAAUCUUCCUUUUUUUUUUUUUU